GCGAACAGAUCUUUCCGCAGCACUCAGAUCCUCAUUCAGCAAUUCAGUUAGUGUCUAUAUAAUGGCCGAGUUACUCUUCCCACAACUGGAGCGUCCUUUGCCGUCGCUGCCAUCGCUUCACUACACUCUAUUCGCCUACAGGGAGGAAUUGCGACGCCGCGAUGCUCCAUUCAUGAAGAUGUCCACGAUCAAACUGCAUCUCACCGACAAUCUAAUUCUGCAGACAAUCAAAAAUAUUCGGCAGUACGAUACCAUGGAGAUCAUGAAUCUCAACCAGGAAAUCAACUUCAAGCGGCGGUUGACCAAGCAAAUGAGAAAGGUGCGCAAACUGGAGAAACUCGGCCUCAACAUCGAUCCCCGCAAACUCAACGAAGGCGGUCAAUGGCUCUGA